CCUACCUCAACCCGAACCCGAGCCAGCGACGGACCGACUGACGUGAUCUGACCACCGCUUUAUUCCCUCACUCGCAGGGGAAUGUGUACACAUGAUAUAAAACAAUCCGCUGCAGAAGAAGCAGCAGCAGCAGCCAGCGUCCUGUAGUGAAGCCCUCUGGUUCGAUUUGUUUUUCAGCACAGCGCAGUACCAUCGGUCAGUGGUUGAAGUAUGUGCAGCCGCAACAGCAGCAGCACCAGUACCACCGAGCAGCAGACCUCAGGACCGCCCUCGGACCUCUCCCCCCCUCCCUCCCUAUCUAUUUAUGCUCCUCCUCGCCAUCAAGCAUCGUAUCUGCUCCAUUGGACAAACGGUCAACCAAAUAGUGAUUCCUCCAUCUCUCCGUCUCUCCUCCCACUUUUCUUGGGCUCGUCUCGUCUCCCCUCCUCCUCCUACACUUGGGGAAUCCCCCCCUCCCUCACAAUUUACCCCUGAUCCUCCCCGUCCCCCACCCUCAUCCCUCUACACAACGCCAUGCAAACUGCCCCCACCCUCAUCCGAAUCCAUUCCGUCACUUCCCUGGCCUUCCCUCCCCUGCCCUCCCCUCCCCAUCCCCGUCCCUCCUUUCGCGAGAUCCCCAAAUGUCUUCCUUUUUCUUGUCGACGCUGAUUUUGCUGCUGCUGCUGCUGCUGCCGAAUCCUCGUUCGUUGUUGGCUCGACGCUCUCGCUUCUCUCUCUCUGGUUUAACCUGACCUGACCUGACCUGACCUGCGGUGCGCUGACCUGACUUGAAUUGACCUGCGCUGCCCGCCUGAGCGGGGAAAAAUGCGCAGAAGAAGAAGAAGAAGGAGUAGAAGAUGAAGAUGAUUAGGAUGAUGAGGAC